AUGACGAACCAUGUGGAGGUGCCCCUGGGGGACAGGCCCCAUCUCAGCCUGGAGCCGCUCCCCAAGCCCUGCCUGGACAAGCACUGCAGCUGGCUGACCCGCAACCUCCUGCUCUCCCUCACCGUCCUGGGUGUUAUUCUAGGCUCUGUGUUUGGGAGUCUCCUGCGACUGCUCCCACCCCUGGACAGUGACCUCAUCAUGCUGAUUUCUUUCCCUGGAGAUAUUCUCAUGCGCAUGCUCAAGAUGCUCAUCUUACCUCUGGUCAUCUCCAGCCUCAUUUCAGGUGGCAUCCCAGCACCGGGUGAGGGGGGCCCCCACUACGCCCAGCCCGCAGCUAGGCUUGUGGCAUGUGUGACGGGUGCGUGUGGCACAGGGCUGGCAGGGCUAGAUGCCAGGUCGAGUGGGCGCAUGGGCACACGAGCCAUGGUGUAUUACGUGUGCACCACGGUGCUGGCGGCUGUGCUGGGCGUCAUCCUGGUCCUCACCAUCCACCCGGGCAACCCUGAGUUGAAGCGGGCACCGGGCAUGGGUGAACGCAGUGAGGAGGUCUCCAGCCUGGACGCCUUCCUGGACCUCAUCCGCAACCUGUUCCCCGAGAACCUGGUGCAGGCCUGCUUCCAGCAGAUCCAGACAGUGACCCAGAAGGUCGCGGUGGCACCUGAGGUGGUGAGGCAAGAGAACGUGAGCCAGGGCCUCCAUGCCAACCUGACCCUGGUCAAUGCCACCAUCACUGAGAUCAACCUGGGGCCCACCACCAUCACCCAGAAGCGGCUGGAAUUCAAGCCAGGGAUGAACGUGCUGGGGCUGAUCGGGUUCUUCAUCGCCUUCGGCAUGGCCAUGGGGAAGCUGGGCGAGGCGGCCCGGCCCAUGGCCGAUUUCUUCAACAUCCUCAAUGAGAUCAUCAUGCAGCUUGUCUCCAUGAUCAUGUGGUACUCGCCCUUUGGCAUCGCCUCCCUGAUCUGUGGCAAGAUCGCAGCCAUCAAGGACCUGGAGCUGGUGGCACGGCAGCUAGGGCUCUAUGUACUGACAGUGAUGCUGGGCCUGGCACUGCACGGUGCCCUGAUCCUGCCCCUCAUCUUCUUUGGCAUCACGCGCCAGAACCCCUUCACCUUCUAUGGUGGCAUCUUCCAGGCCUGGGUCACUGCCCUGGGCACCGCCUCCAGUGCCGGGACACUGCCCGUGACCUUCCGGUGCCUGGAGGAGAACCUGCACAUCGACCGGCGGGUGACGCGCUUCGUGCUGCCCAUUGGUGCCACCAUCAACAUGGAUGGCACUGCACUCUAUGAGGCUGUGGCUGCCAUCUUCAUCGCCCAAAUGAACAGCAUCGUCCUUGACAGCGGCCAGAUUGCCACCGUCAGCCUGACAGCCACCCUGGCCAGCGUGGGUGCAGCCAGCAUCCCCAGUGCAGGGCUGGUGACCAUGCUGCUGAUCCUGACAGCUGUGGGGCUGCCCACCCAGGACAUCAGCCUCCUCAUUGCCGUGGACUGGCUGCUGGACCGCAUGCGAACCUCCAUCAACGUUGUGGGCGACUCCUUUGGCGCCGGAAUCGUGCACUACCUGUCGCGGGCCGAGCUGGCUGCCAUUGAUGCACGGACCGAGGGGCGUGACUCUGACCCUGCCACCCUCAAGCUGCAGGGGCAGGGCAACCAUCAGGGGCCACUAGAGGGCACUGGUGCAGGAUACACAGCACUGUCCACCCAGGGGGAUGAGAAUGAGGAGCAGGGAGAGAAGCCUGAAGUCCCACCAGAGCAUGAGGAUGAGGGGUCCAUGGUGUAUACAGAGAACGAGGAAGAGGAGGAGAAGAAAGAGACUGAUGAAUAGCAGAGUGGCAGGGAGGGGGUGGG